UGGCCCAGCUUUAUAUUCUCUCCUUCAUCUCCACUCUUGAGCAAGGUUGGAUUGAUGAAGGGAUUCUUGGGAUCUUUAUGUAGGCUUGGAGGUAUUAGAGGCUACUCAGGGACGUUUAAGAGAUCACAGUUGCGGCUUGAAGGGGUUAAGGAUGUUAUUGCUGUUGCUUCUGGUAAAGGUGGCGUUGGAAAAUCCACCACUGCUGUUAAUUUGGCAGUUGCACUUGCUAAGAAUUGCCAACUAAAGGUGGGCCUGCUUGAUGCUGAUGUUUAUGGACCAUCUGUUCCUAUGAUGAUGAAGAUUGACAGGAAGCCAGAUAUUACUGAAGAUAAAAAGAUGAUUCCAAUUGAGAACUAUGGAGUUAAGUGCAUGUCAAUGGGAUUUCUUGUUGAGAAGGAUGCCCCUAUUGUAUGGAGAGGUCCCAUGGUGAUGAGUGCUCUUGCCAAAAUGACUAGGGGAGUUGAUUGGGGAAAUCUUGACAUUCUUGUGGUGGAUAUGCCCCCUGGCACUGGCGAUGCACAACUAACCAUGACUCAAAAUCUGCAGCUCUCUGGUGCAUUGAUUGUUUCAACUCCACAAGAUAUUGCUUUGAUGGAUGCACGUCGAGGAGCUAAUAUGUUCUCUAAAGUUGAUGUUCCUAUUUUGGGAUUUGUAGAGAACAUGAGUUUCUUCAAAUGCCCACAUUGUGGUGAGCCUUCAUUCAUUUUUGGGAAAGAAGGAACUAGAAAUGCAGCUGCUUCAAUGGGUUACAAAUUAAUCGGUGAGAUACCAUUGGAAGUAGACAUUAGAAAAGGUUCCGAUGAAGGUGUCCCUGUUGUAAUUUCAGCACCUGAUUCUGUGAUCUCCAAAGCAUAUGGUGAUACAGCACAAAAUGUUGUCAGCAAACUUGAGGAAUUGGCGAAGGAACAAACUCUCCACCCAGAGAUUAAUCUGUAAAAACUUUGCUAGAAGAACAAUUUUCCUCCCCUCCCUUGACAACGAUCUUGUAGCCAUCGAUUACUUGUUCAUGAUUUUCCAAUUUCCUUAGCUGCUAUAGCAUGCCAAUUUUAACAUCUCUUGUCCUUUUCGUCGUUUGAAUAAGUUAAUGUAUUUUAGGAUUAGGGCAUAUGAAAAGUUGAGAGCAAUUUGCUCCAGAUCUCAGCCAGUGACUCUGUUCUCUCUCGAGAUUAUUUAACUACACUACAAGUGUGUGGAACAA